AACCACCGUACUUUUCUUCACGUUCGGUUAAUAAUUCUAUUGAGUUUCUUAGCAGGAUUUCACGCCGACCAGUUCGCCAGUAGAUUUAUGCAGAAAGCUGUGCAGUUCUCUAAGAAUGAUAACGUGAUUGUAUCUCCAUUUUCUGCUCGAGAAGCCUUGGCUCAGGUCUAUGUCGGAGUGAGAGACCACGCCGCUGAUGAACUACAUCGUGUGCUACAAUUGACUGGAUAUUCAAAGGGUGAGGCAGUCGAAGAAUUUCGCAAAUUUCACGAAAUAUCGUCACCCGGCGGUGGAGCCACUUUAAAAAUAGCGAAUCGUAUAUUUGUGGCAAAGAGGUUUCCCUUGUUGGUAAACUAUAAAGAUCUUGUGAGGUUAUCAUUUCGAACAAGAAUCGAAAAUAUUAAUUUUGAGGACAAGGAGCUGGCCGCAUCACGAAUCAAUAAAUGGGUAUCAAAACGAACCGAAAAGCUUAUCGAGAAUAUCGUUAGCCCUGACAAUUUGCACAAUGACUUAAAAAUAUUGGUAAUUAAUGCCAUUUAUUUUCAUGGGAAAUGGAAAACACCGUUUAAUCCUAAGCUCACAGAUAAAAGACAAUUCUUCAUACCGGGAGAAGGUCUUGUUAAAGUGGAUAUGAUGCAUAGCUUUAUAAAUGCGCUCCAUGGACGAAUAAAUGUUUUGGAUGCUCAUGCUGUAGAGCUUCCCUAUAUAAACUCUAAUAUUUCCAUGCUGGUAAUACUACCCAAUAAACUCAAUGGCCUACCGAAAGUGGAGAAGCUUCUGGAUGAAGUUAACUUAUUAACGGUUACAUCUGGUUUUCUGAAAGAGAAAGUAGAGCUAGCUUUGCCAAAAUUCAAAUUUGAAUUUACACUAAAUUUAAAUAAUCCGUUGAAAGAGAUGGGAAUCCAAACAAUAUUCUAUAAUCCUGAUUUUAGUGAUUUGACAAGUUCUCCGCAAAAUUUAUUUGUUUCUGAAGUGAUUCAAAAAGCGGUAAUUGAAGUGGAUGAAGAGGGAUCUAAAGCAGCGGCAGUGACUGAAAUUGGAGCUGGGACGCUGUCGAUGCCGUCGUUUUUUAUUGUUGAUCAUCCAUUCCUUUUCGCAAUAAAAGAUCAACAAAGAAUUUACUUUGUGGGUCGUGUCGGAAGAUUGAGUUAAUAUAAAAUGUUUCGCUCUAUGACCCAUCUAGAAGCGAUUACUAUUCGCUAGUAGAUAUACGCACUUUAUACUUAACAAAAAAAAGUUUAUGGUGUUAUCUAUGGAAGCAAAAUUAAUUAAAAAGGUCUACAAUUUAUUUUGUCAAAAUGAAA